CUCGUGGGGUGCGGGAUCGUGGAUGCGCACUGCUGAGGAGUCCCAUACUAGGACAAAGCGACCGUCCAGUGCUUUCAGGUUUUCCAUGGUGGUUUAGCUUCAAUUGACUCAUGAUUUCAGUCAUUGAAAUGUAUAUUUUGGACAAUUACAUGAGCAAGUAAACUCAGUGAGGGGAUAUGGAAAAGGAAUAGAUGCAGACAAGAAGCAGAUAUGAGGGAAAAUAAUCGGUAAGAUAAAAUGAGUGCACAAACAUGUACAGACUAAUCCCACAUAAAAAAAUGUACAGUUAACAGUGGAUAGUUAACAAGGUCAAAUAUGUGAGUCAUACAAUGAUUACAUUAACUAGAAGAAUUAAUGUAGGGGUUAUAAGAUGUCUGUGAAGGUCAUUACUGUAGAUUUGAUUCUUUGAUAUAAUCUUAGAUGCAAUCUGUCAGUGGUUUAUCUUUGUGAUUUAUUCGGUCGAUAUUUGGGAUGAGUCGAGUAAAAAAAUGUUAGUCCUGUAGUGAACAGAACACGAGUGCGGACAAUCGAAUCAUAUUUAGCACAAAAUUACAGAGUUGGUAAAAUAGAAAAACCAUACUAUAAUACUUAAUUUGCAAAACAUUCAAUAACUGUCUCGAACUUCGUUGUCCUUGCAUUUUCAUACCAAUUGUUUUCUACUCCCGCUCUUCCUUUCUUGAUCUUCCCCAUCUUCUGCUGCCAUACAAUACAUUCCUGACUAGCGUCAUAUACUACUUAUAUCAAUAUAAGCAGCGCGCACCACAGUUUGACUUCGGCUUCAGUGGUUUAGUUAACGAGUUGUGUCGUUAUAAUAAUCUAUAUCAAUUUCAGUAUAAGUAAAGAAUGAGAAUCAUAUACACUUUAUCACCUAUAAAAGAGAUAUGAAAUAGCUUAUUCGGAUCAAUAGUAGUUUAUGUAACCUAUCAAUAGAUUGGCGUUCUUUAAGCUAUCAGUUCGAUUUCAGCUAUAGUUUUAUGCUCAUUUUGAAUGAAUUCCGUUAACUACUUAGGAAAUGAAUUAUUUACUUACUUACGCCUGUUACUCCACGCGAAGGAGCACAGGCCGCUUACCAGCAUACUCCAUCCAACCCUGUCUUGGGCACUUGGGAAAUGAAGCUAUGACGAAUUAAGCGUAUAAUAUGUGACUUACUUUUCAUAGUAUGCUUCUUCAUUAAUAGAUAAUCAAGUAUCAUUCUACUCGAGAUCAGUAGGAUAAAUAACAAACUAACCUAGAAACUAAUAUUUAACAAGCAUAUUUGCAAUCCACUUAAAUGCCAUCCAACAAUGUUAACAUCUAAAUUCAAUAAGUCCGAAAUAUUGAGUGACCAUCCUUCAUUAUGUUUGGAGAGUGACUGCCUCAUAGCCAACACGAUUAAACCGAAAAUCCUGCGUACGAUCCUCGUGUGUGAGUUCGAAGGUGCUUACUUCUGUGGAAUCCUAUACGAAACGGCCAUCUAAUGACUCCAGAUUUUCACUGAUAGUCUAAUCUAGAUCAGUUCAUAAUUCCAAUGAAAUCCGACAAUCUCACACUGAAAAUUGUUCUUGUUAUUUAAGUGUUUUGUCAGGUUUUUUCAAUUCAUAACAGUUUGUGUAAAACUAUACUUUCGAACUGGGAUGUUGUAAUAUCCAUUUUAUUUAUUUAUAUCACCUUUACUGACUAGCCUAAAUGUUUGACACUACGAAUAUAUUGGGGAAUACAGAUGUAUUAUGAGAACUCUGAUGAUACUGAUUUAUUUGAUUUUGCCACCAUUCCUAUCCUCAACUAACGUUAGUUUCCUAUCGCGCACAACAGUCUCAUAAUGAAAUUGUAAUCAACUUAAUUAACAAUGAAUAUUCCUCGGGAAUAUAUACACAAAAGUUCAUCACAAAUUUGAUUCAUCGUUAUACAUACAUUCUAAAGAAAAAAACUUGAGUACCCUGUGGAGGCUAAUGUCCUCUAUAUCUGACUCCAAUAAAUAAUAUCCCGUAAACUGAGUAUUUAAGGUAGGCUUAAUCUCCUAGUAGAAUUGCGGAUUUACUCGAGAUUAUUGAGAAGCCUGAACACCAGUUAUAGAGAUAAUUUAUUGUUAAUGAUUAAUAAAAAUCCACAAGCGUACAGCGAGCAAGCACACGAUGAAAACAAAGUGUGUGUGUUAGAAAUCCAUAUAUAUUUUUGAGAGUUAAUCGGGUGUGGAUAAAUUAUCGAUUAUCUGCACAUUGCAACCAAUAGGAGGAUAGCUUAAGGGUUAAUGUACAGACAUGCAUUCGAUCAUACACACCGAAAUUAACAUAGUGAAUUAAGAGUCUGAGUUACAAUGAGUAGACAAAUGAUACAGUGGCCAAAUGGGCUUGCCACAACCCUUAUUCGAAUCUCACAGGAACAUCAGUUCUAUCAAGGUAACAGAUACGCAUUGUCGAUGAGUGGCAACUAUCACGAAACUUAUAUCUUUGUAAAUACCUUUCAACCGCUUAACACUCUCAAACAGCUCAAACUCAUACCAUCUAAUAUCGCCAACGGAAACAUGAUCACUAGGAUACAACAAUAUUAGGUUAACUCUAUUAACUGAACUCGAAAAAAUUAAAACUUUUUGUAAUGUGUGAUUUUUGUCUACACAUAACUGGAAAAUGUUCAACUCCCUUUGAACAUUGACGACCUGCUUGAACAUCUGGACUACCUGUUCCUGAAAUCCACAUAUCUCAACAAGUUAGUUGUCUUUGUUUUAACACAUCAUUAUGUCUAUUAUUCGCAUAACCUAUUUAGGCGUGUUUAUGAAACGUUUACGAUCUUUCGCCGUACAAUUUACAAAAAAAAGUAAAAUCAGAGACAUUGUGAUGAAUGUCAUUAUUCAUUGAAAAGAAUAUACAUUAUUGAAAUGUUGAUUCUUGAACUACUAAAAUGGACGUUGAAAUUCGAUUUGAAAAUCUUUAUGCUCAAACCGCAGAAUUAGUAACUUUAUCAAAAGAUAAUAUAGAAAGAUUUAAAUCAACAUUAGUGGACUAUUGUUUUAGAUACUUAAAUCAUGGACAUAAUUUGAAAUGGAUUUUGACGAAGAAAAAAAAACUUAAGAAAGCUUUAAGAAAACUUAAAACUAAUGACAAUUUAUUCAUCACGAAACCAGACAAAGGAUAUAGGGUAGUACUCAAUGUUUAUCGUCAGAAUCGAUCAAGAAAAAGGGAACGGAAACUUGUUGAAAUACUUUGUGCUGAGAAUUCUAUAUUGUACCAAAAAUACAAUGUUGAAUGCAGCCAAUAAUAAUAAUAAUAACGUAAUUCCAUUUAAAUCUUAAUCGUUUGUUCAAUGUAAUAAAUUAACUGAUUUUAGUGAAAAGAACUUUAAUAUCAGACGGGUUUUGUGGAUGUUAUAGUAAUUUCAAUGGUUUAGAUCAUGAGUCAGUUGAAGCUAGACCACCAUGGAAAACCUGGAAGCACUGGACGGCCGUUUCGUCCUAUUGUGGAACUCCUCAGCAGUGCGCAUCCACGGCCUCGCCCCCUACGGGAUUCGAACCUAGGACCUUAUGGUUUCACGCGCGAGCACUUAACCACUAGACCACUGAGCCGGCAUCCAACGGUGUUAAUGUCUGACUUCAACUAAUCCACGAAACUGAAAGAUACAGACAAACGAAUAUGACUGAUUUAUUAUAGUCAACAUUUUCUUUGCCUUAUUUUCAUUGAACAAACCAGUUAAUAAAAAAUAGACUAAUUAUUAACAGAAUUCAAACUAAACAAAUGAUAUAGAAACAAUCUAUAUUUGACGGAAGAAAUGAUAGUAACUAAGCUUAUUCUAAAUAAAAAGGAAAUUUGUAUUAAUUAGACGUUAUUAGUGAGUAUGGAAAUUGAAACAUUUUUCAAUUGUUUAGAGACUAUAAUUUUGAAAUAGUUGUUGAAUAAGAAGAAAUUGAAUGGAAAUAUUAAAGUUUACAUUAUAGAUUGAUCUUAGUUAAAAUUCAUUGAAAAUCAAUAAACAACCAAUAGUUCUUUUUGAAGGAGUUUUGUUCUCUGAGAUGGAUGGUUUGGUCAUGGAGCUUUCAUCGUUCUUCUGAACGACGUCAUCAGCGCAAACUUCAGAUAGAAGUGAAGUGUUCGAAUUUCUCCAUAUGCGUUUCACAGCUUGUUCAAAAAACAAAACUCCAUAAAAUCAUCCAUCUGAGCUACAAAUCUUCUCCACCGACAGUUCUUUUUUUUCUUACUCAAUAGUGCACCAUUUGAUAUUAUAAUAGGGAUUCAGCACAAAGUUAUCAGAUCGCAUGAUUAGUACUCAACUUUCAGAUCAUUGAGCUGACAUCUGUUUGAUUCGUAUUUUUAAUUUUUAUUGAUAUUUAACGUUGUGGAACCAUCUUCCAAUUUUACUUGGUAGGUAACUCAAUAUGGCCAAACCUAACUGGUCAUUGCUUCUUACUAGAAUUAAUGAAACUACUUUAAUAUAUUGUUCUCUAGUGAGAAUAUGAUUAUUGUUAAUAAACGAGUUUUAUGAAGAUUGUUGAAUUUCGCAGUUUACAUCACGCUCCAAGUACAAACAUACUUACUAAUGUUAGGAUAAUAAUAACUUAGUCGCUUUUGACAGUAUGAUCAGAGUUCGGGUACUGAAUAAACAUCAGUAAUUCUUGUUAAUUUAUAUACUAUGCUUAGAGAUGAAAGCAAAAAAGUAACUAUCAUAAGAUCAUCACUGAAAACAAACUAGGAGCUAAAUAAAACCGCGUAAGGAUCGAUCGUGUAACGACCGAAUUGCAACACUACGGCUCAUUGUGGAACAAUCAAUUGAAUGGAAUUCAUCACUCUACAUCAACUUCAUUAACUACGAGAAAGAGUUUGAUAGCGUGGACAGGACAACACUAUGGAGGCUUCUUCUACACUACGGCAUGCCUGAAAAGAUGGUCAAUAACAUACGGAAUUCAAAUGAUGGAUUAAACUACAAAAUCGUACAUGGAGGACAACUGACAGACUCGUUUGAAUUAUAGACCAGUGUCAGACAAGGUUGCUUACUCUCACCCUUUCUCUUUCUACUGCUGAUCGACUGGAUCAUGAAGACGUCAACAUCUGAGAGGAAGCAUGGGAUACAGUGGACAGCUAGAAUGCAGAUGGACGAUCUAGACUUCGCACAGAAUUUGGCUCUUCUAUCGCACGCACAACAACAAAUAAAGGAGAAGAUAGCCAGUGUAGUAGCAGUCUCUGCAACAGUAAGCCUCAACAUACACAAAGGGAAAAGCAAGAUUCUCCGAUACAACACAGCAUGCACCAAUCCAAUCACACUUGAUGGAGAAGAUUUGGAAGAUGUAAAACCCUUUAAAUAUCUGGGCAGCAUCAUUGAUGAACACAAUGGACAUGAUGCACAUGUGAAGGCACGGAUCGGUAAGGCAAGACCAGAAUAUUUACAAUUGAAGAAUAUCUGGGACUCAGAACAAUUGUCCACAAGCCAACACCAUUGUCAGAAUUCUCAAUACAAAUGUCAACACAGUUCUACUAUAUGGGGCAGAAACCAGGAGAACUACGAAAGCCAUCAUCCAGAAGAUACAGGUGUUUAUUAACAGUUGUCUACGCAAAAUACUUCGGAUCUUUCGGCCAGACACUAUCAGCAACAACCUACUGUGGGAGAGAACAAACCAUAUCCCAGCGGAGGACGAAAUCAGGAGGAAGCACUGGAAGUGGAUAGGACACACGUUGAGGGAAGCACGCAACUGAGUCACAGGGUAAACUCUCACAUGGAAUCUUCAAAGCCAAAGGAGGAGUAGAGGAAGACGGAAGAACAUAUUACUUUGAGAAACGGAGUCAGACAUGAGAAGAAUGAACAAAAAGGAAGGCAGAGUGGGACAGAGUGUGUUGGAGAAUGCUGGUCGAUGGCUUAUGCUCCAUUGGAGGCAACAGGCGUAAGUAAGUAAAUAAAUAAAUAAAACCUAUCGUUUUCCAACAUAUCCAAUAUUUCAUAAGUAAUAAUACUCCGAAAUCUCACAAUGUAAAAACAGUGAAUGACCUGUAUGGUUAAACUAUUUUAAAUUCAAUAGUUACUAUCUAUCAAUAACAUUGAUUGUUAUUUGAACCCGGAUUGUAAACUUAUUCAAGUUGAAAAUAUAAUUAGUUAGAAUACAAUCAUGGAAUUAUAUCCACUUGUAUCUUCCCAUUUUUAUUUAGGACUACAAUUGACCAGUCUCUUGUUCGCAUAUGUUCAUCUUGUGCGGACUGCCUCGAUAUUGCCUGAAGCCACAAGCGUUGUAAGCAAAGAUGGAUAGCAACUAGCAGUGGAAUCCAAAACGCGCUUUUCGUCCUAUUUGGCACUCCUCAACUGGAUGUACCUGCAUCUCAGAGUUGAUGUUCACUCCGGGACUCAAACCCAAUACCGUUCGCUUUAAACACCAUCGCGCUAUCUAUUUAGUUACUGAGUCCUGAUAGAGUUAUUUGAUAACAUACUUAAAAUACUUAAAAUACUGCCAAGUCUUCUACAAUGAAUUAAUUAGUAUAAAUUACAAUAAUCUAAACUGCUCUUAAUGAAAUUUCUCAUGAAUGUAAUCAAUAAAUUUAAUCUUUAUUUAUUCAUAUUACCAUGUAAUGAGUUAUAUGAUAAAUGACAUAUUUGAAUGAAUCUUUCUUUUUCUGAAGAUAUCUCUUCACAUAGUAACAUAGAUUCUAUCAAAAGAUCAAUUUUAGAAGAAAAUAAUAAUAAUAAAGAAAUAAUGGAGGAUUGUCAUAGAAACAAUUUCGUUUAUACGAAUAAAGGAAAACAAAAUGUUUUUGUAAUGAAAUUUUUUGUGCUUAGUUUAUUGUAUCUCAAUGUCAUAACUAAUUUAUUUAUCAGUUAAUUGAAAAGAAAGUUGAUAAAUUCAGAUGAAUCGAAAUGAUUUUCGAGUUGUACAGUUAAACUUAUCAUUUUAGUAUUUCAAUAGUUGAAAUCAUGAGUCAAUUGAAGCUAGACCAACAUGGAAAACCUGCAAGCACUGGACGGCCAUUACGUUCUAGUAUGGGACUUCUCAGAAAUGUGCAUCCACGAUCCCGCCCCCCCCGCGAGAUUCGAACGCAGGACCUAUCUGUUUAGCACGCGAGCGCUUAACCAUUAGACCGCUGAGCCGGCACCCAACGGUGUCAAUAUCUAACUUCACUUAAUCCACGAAAUUGAGCGACACAUUCACCAUUGUCAUCAGUGAGCUGAUAUCUCACAACAGACCUGGUUGAACUCCACUGGUCAUGGCUUCUCACUAGAACUCCAGGAAAUGCCUCUUGAAGUCAGACUGAUAAGUCCUGGGUUCGAAUCUCGUAGAAGGUGGGAUCGUGGACACGCAUAUCUGAGGAGUCCCAUACUAGGACGAAACAGCCGUCCAGUGCUUCUUUUAUGACCUGUGCAUACAUAUAUUAUGUAUAUGAAGCGAAUGAAACAGAGCAGAGCAAAAUGACACGCAGGAAAGCCAACUCCAUUUUAGUCAAGCGUUACUCAAUAUUUAUAGUCAAACAAAAUAAAGCUACAGACAUGUGAUUAAUGGAAUAAAAAGGGCACACACAUAUACGCUCAUAUAAAAACAAUCAAGACUGACAUGCGAAUAAUUGACAAGGUCAAAAUAUGACUCAAGUAGAAUGAAUAGAAUGGUUCGUCCAAAAACUAGAAUAAGGUAUAUGUGCUUAAAAUAAUGACUGAAACUACACUUCCACGUUUUCCGUGGUGAACAAGCUUCAAUUGACUCAUGAUUUCAACUAUUGAAUUUACUAAAAUCUCCACAAAACCCCUUCUAAUAUUUUAUUAUUGUUUCAGAAUGUUGAGUUAUGUGAAAUCAUUUGUAUUGUACCUUCUAGAAAUCAUCUGGUAUGUUCUUCAAUCUGAACUAUCUUCUCGACCAGGUUCCAAAUGUUCUGCCAACGUUGUUCUUUCGAUCCAUUGAAGCUCUUCACUCUCUCCAACAACUCUUGAAACUUCAACACCACUUACAAGCAUCUUUGAGAGUAGCGUUCAUUACAUUUUUACUAUCUGUCAUCUAGAUAGCAACUGGGAGCAACUUAAACGGAUUGUCCAGGAUAGAGUUGGAUGGACAAUGCUGGUGAGAGGUCUGUAGUGACUCACAUUUAUCACGAGAACACGACUGGUUUAAUAGAAACAAUUAUUCUUAUAACCAACUGUACCAGUGCUUGUUUUAAUGUGCUUUUGUUUGACUGUGCUAAUGACAGCUUUAUUUUGCUUCCAUUCUUUUACUUACACUUCGAUUGUAACUUCGCGCGAAUUCGGUUACCUUCUGUAACCAAGGUUGUAUCCUGGCACGAUCUCGGUAUCCUUUCGAUGCCACGAGAUCGCCAGCAAAUAUACACCUCGACUUGGUCCAUUAACUGUCUUCUGAUAUUUGGCUUCUCGGGGAUUUCAUGGAUUUAUUUGGUUACGUCCAACCUUCGCCUUCUGAUUGAUUUGGCACGUGUUUCUUUGUAGCGGUGUUCACAGUUAAUCUCAACUCGACGCCACGCUACAAUUGGUAAUCCCAAUCAGACUACAGGUCUUUGCUCCUCCACAAGGGGUAACAAGCGUAAAUAAAUAAGUGUGUAAGUAACUAAGGCCUAUUAAGUCAUAGUGUCAGCAUUGAUUUAUUAACUUUUAAAUGGUCAAGAUUAAAAAGCGACACUCAUUUCUUCCACUUUAGGGAUUCAGAGACUGACUAUCAAUGACCAAUAGUUUACACUACGUCAAUUUGGCUAAAAUAUGACCAUUUACGAUAAAAAUUUCGCAUAUACUCAGUCGUGCUAGAAAUCGUUCAAGAUGCAUGAUCCCGCGCGCGAACGCUUAACAUCUAUACCGUUGGACUGAUAUUCGAUGGUGUUAAUGUCUAACCUCAACUAAUCCACGAAAUUGAGCAACAUAUCAACCAUUGUCUCCAGUGAGUCACUAUCUCACAACAGACCCAGUUGAACUUUACUGGUCACUGGAUCGUGGAUACUUACUGCUGAGGAAUCCAACAAUAGGACAAAACGACCGCCCAUUGCUUCUAGGUUUUCCAUGUUGGUCUAGCUUCAAUUGACUCAUUAUCUCAACUAGUAAAAAUACAAAUUUGUGCCAAUCUUUCUGCCUACUAAUAAGUAGUAACAUGGUAUUUCUCAUUUUUUAAAUCUUAUAAAAACCUCGUUUUU